GAAACUGGUAGGCGUGCGGAAAGACACCGAAUAGGUAGAAUUAAGGCAAACUAUCAGACGCAACAGGUCCAGAGCUCGGCGGGGAGGGAGAGCAGCGGCCCCUCGCCGCGCCCGCUGUCCCCCGACUCUACACUGCAGCUCUCAGGGACCUCGGAAGAGGUGUCUGUUUUUGAGGGUCAGGAGAGCGGGCUGGGUGGGUUUCAUUUCGGUUUUUACCCCAUCGCCACCCGUCCCUGGACUGAGGGGCUUUUCACUCUCAACUGGGAGGAGAGAAGGAAACGGAGGAUGGUCCAUGUCUGCUGCUCUCAAAGCUGAGCAAAGCGCAGGUCCAUCUCCGCGCCCCGGCUCCGACUCCGCCAACUAGUUGUGCAGCCACAGAGACUGAACUUUAAAGGAAUCGUCCUUUUCCUCUCCUUUUAAGAUUAUUGGAGGAGAUAGAGGGUGGAAGGCGAAGCCGAGGCAGCCGACACAAUGCUGGUGAAGAAGCAUGCAGGGAAAGGAGGGGUACGAGAGCCUGGAUCCGAAGACCCGAGCCCCUCGGGGCAGCGUUGUGCCCGUACCAUGCCCCAGUGCACGGCUCUGGCGACCCUGCUAUCAGUGGUAGCCGUGGUUUCUUGUCUGUACCUUGGGGUGAAAACCAACGACCUCCAGGCUAGGAUCGCCGCUCUCGAAUCCGCUAAAGGGGAUCCUUCUAUUCGUCUGCUGCCUGAUACCCUGGAUCAACUGAAGGCCAUGGUGCAAGAGAAAGUGGAGCGCCUUCUGGCUCAGAAAUCCUACGAACAUAUGGCUAAAAUAAGAAUCGCAAGAGAAGCACCUUCAGAGUGCAACUGCCCAGCAGGUCCUCCGGGAAAGCGAGGGAAGAGAGGCCGGAGAGGAGAAUCUGGUCCUCCUGGCCCCCCUGGUCCAAAAGGUGAUAAGGGAGAACAGGGUGAUCAGGGACCUCGGGGCCCGCCAGGCUUCCCCACAGUUGCUGCCCUGCACAGUAAUCAGAUCCUCACCGUCAAGGGUGACCAAGGUCAGGCAGGGCCUCCAGGCCCCCCAGGCCCCCCAGGCCCAAGAGGGCCACCCGGGGAUACAGGGAAAGAUGGACCCCGCGGAAUGCCCGGAGUACCCGGUGAACCAGGAAAACCAGGAGAACAAGGCUUGAUGGGUCCUCUGGGGCCUCCAGGACAAAAGGGUUCCAUUGGAGCACCUGGAAUCCCAGGGAUGAAUGGACAAAAGGGUGAGCCUGGGUUGCCUGGAGCAGUUGGACAGAAUGGAAUACCGGGGCCAAAGGGAGAACCUGGAGAACAAGGAGAAAAGGGAGAUACUGGAGAAAGUGGCCCCAAAGGUGACACAGGCGAAAAGGGUGACCCUGGAUCAUCUGCUGCAGGAAUCAAGGGAGAACCUGGAGAAUCUGGUCGUCCAGGGCAAAAGGGUGAACCAGGGCUUCCUGGGCUUCCUGGACUUCCGGGGAUAAAGGGAGAACCAGGUUUCAUUGGUCCUCAGGGGGAACCAGGCUUACCAGGGUUACCAGGAACAAAAGGUGAACGUGGGGAGGCAGGACCUCCUGGAAGAGGUGAGCGAGGGGAUCCUGGAGCCCCUGGACCAAAGGGUGACCGUGGAGACAAAGGAGACUCUGGAGCUCUGGGACCAAGGGGUCCACCUGGGCAAAAAGGGGAUCAAGGAGCCACAGAGAUCAUAGACUACAAUGGCAACCUCCAUGAAGCCUUACAGAGGAUUACCACCUUAACUGUCACGGGUCCCCCUGGACCUCCUGGACCUCAAGGACUACAAGGGCCAAAGGGAGAACAAGGAUCUCCAGGAAUCCCAGGAGCUGAUGGAGAGCAGGGACUCAAAGGCUCAAAGGGAGACAUGGGGGACCCAGGUAUGCCAGGUGAAAAAGGAGGAAUUGGACUUCCUGGAUUACCGGGUGCCAAUGGAGUGAAGGGAGAAAAGGGAGACUCCGGAUUGCCAGGUCCCCAGGGUCCUUCUAUCAUAGGCCCACCAGGCCCCCCAGGUCCUCAUGGCCCACCUGGUCCCAUGGGACCCCAUGGACUUCCUGGACCAAAGGGUGAACCAGGGUUAAAUGGUGUUAAAGGAUUGAAGGGUGAACCAGGUCAAAAGGGUGACAGAGGACCCCUUGGUCUUCCAGGAGCAUCUGGCUUAGACGGAAAGCCAGGAGCCCGGGGUACAGAUGGUCCUAUGGGACCUCAUGGCCCUGCAGGCCCCAAAGGAGAAAGAGGGGGAAAAGGAGCUAUGGGAGAGCCUGGACCCAGAGGACCCUAUGGCCUGCCUGGGAAAGAUGGAGAGCCUGGUCUUGAUGGCUUCCCUGGUCCACGAGGCGAGAAGGGUGACCUGGGAGAGAAGGGAGAAAAGGGGGAAAAGGGAAAGAAAGGCAAAAAGGGGCCUAAAGGGGAGAAAGGAGAACAGGGUGCUCCUGGAUUAGAUGCACCCUGCCCGUUGGUAUGUCUGACUCAUGAACUGUCUCCAGGUGGCUUGUGUGAGGGGAUGAGAUGGGAGAAGAGCAAGCUGGAGGGACAGUAGCUGCAGGCUUCCUGCUUAGGGUCAUUUAAUAUGGACUUUUAGAUGCUAAGAAGCAUCUAAAACCAUCCUAGUAUGUUCCACGUCUUGUCUCGGCACAAGCUCUACCUGGCUUCUUUACUCUCAAGUAUUGCUGUCCAGCUGGAACCUGACUGUAGGUUCUAAAGGAGAACCAGCAUUAUUCCUCACCCCUCGAGAGAGAGUCACUGUUUUAAGAUGAGUACUCAUAAUAGGAAUAUGCCCAGCACCAUCUUACUUUGUUCAGCUUCCCUGGAUGUUACUUUUCUAGAAACUUCCAGGUUGCUCCUCUCCCAGCCUUUUAUUGUUCUAGUUAUUUCUUUAGCAGAAUCUGUACUUAAGUGAAUUCUUGUGUUAGUAACAUUAUGAGUUAAUCUUCACAAACAGGGAUUCCGAGGCGUUA